GACCGCAAGAUGUUUGUGGAGGGACCGCUGGACCUGAUCCUCGCCUGGCUCCGACUGCUCUUGAAGGUACUCACACAAGACCGCCAGAAAAUUCGGCAAGAUAUCUCUGUUCUGACCAGUCUGCUGUGGUCGCUGGCGCACAACGUGCUCUUCGAACCCGACGGUUCAGCGCCGGUGCUGCAAGAAACGCCAGAUCAUCUUUUUGUGCAGGGUUAUCCUUUCCACAGUGUUCUGGAGAACAUCGAGCAGUGCGCAAGAGAGAGACAUGACAUGUGGCGAAUGACGCAGCAAGUGUCGGAAGGCCUCCUCCAGGUUGCAAGACACAAGGCGAUAUUGGAACCCGGCAAGAGCUUGGAGCAGCUGUGGCGAACCGUGGAGUCAGCCAGCCAGGACGUUCUCGCA